AUGAACAAUGCCGCAGGUGCUGGUAACGGUGCCUUUGGUGGUCCACCACCAGGCCAGAACGGGCAAGCCCCGCAGAAUUCGCUACAGCAGCAGCUCAUGCAACAGCUCUCGCAACAGCUGUCCCAACAGAUGAGUCAAAAGUUUCCCCAGAAUAACUUUCUAUCUGCGUUGGCCAAUAUGCAGCAGCAGAGCACGACAACAACUGCAGCUCCGCAACCACCACAGCAACAGCCGCAACCGGCAGCGGCUCCACCACCCAACUUUAUGAACUUGGCGCAGCACGGCAAUGUGGCGGGUCUCUUGUCGUCGUCACAACCGACCAACAACAACACGGCGCAAGCACCUGCUCCUGCCGCGGAGGCUCCCACAGACAGUAGUGCUGCUGCCAGUAAUAGUAACCGAUCUACCACGGAUUUGAUGCAGCAAAAACCACCCGCCACUACCUCGCAACAACAGGCAGCAGCUCCACCCCCACUGGGACAUGUCGGAGAAAUUCGAGCUGGAUUUCAGGGUCAGCCAUCGGCGCCCACGGCGGCGUCGAUGGGGAAUAACAACAACACUGCUGCUGCGGCGGAUGCUGGAAAGGAUGAACGCAGAAAGGCACCUGGAAGUGUGAUUGUCCCUUGUAGAGCCAGAGGAAUGCCCAUGGACCAUAAUUUCAAGACUGCCUACUUUGUCAUUCCAGAAAAUGUCAAGCAUGGAGAAGAACUCAUCUGCUCCUAUUUCACAUGCCGCAAUGCUGGAGUCAAAUUCCGAUAUUGCUCGCAUUGCAAAGUACCCGUGGCCAAACGCAACUUUCGAAAGAGACACAAACAUGGGGACCCCUCAGGAAAGGAUACCGGAGAUGACGAUGAAGUUUCGGUCACGGAAGAAGAAGGAGCAUCGGUGGGGGGAGAAACAGAAUCACAGGCUCAUCCAGCUGCUGUUCCCUCACAGGUCAUGGCCAGUCGUCCCAGCAUCAAUAGUAGUAGUGGUGCCAGUGCUGCUGCCGCUGCAGAGAAUAAUCAUGAUCAUGAUGAGGCCAUGAUGAUGAAGGAGGCUGCCAUUCCAUCCCAAGUCACCACGGCGGAGGGCGGUCCCGAUACUGAAGGCAUUGGGGAUAGCGGCGACAACAACAGCAAGAAUCGCACGGAAGAAGGAUCCCAUAUCCCUUCACAAGUUACCACACGAGGGAGCACGAGCAGCAAAAAAUCCAAGUCAUCGUCCAAAAAGUCCUCCAGUGGCAAGUAUUCCUCCAAAAGCUCCGAUAGUCGAUCAGUCUGUCUCAGAUCGGGACACGAAAGGGUCCAAGUCGUCGAGAGCCGGCGAAAGCGAUGGGCGCGACUUUUGGACAAACGGCCACAAACCAAGGAUGGAGAAGGAAUGUCCUUGUGGCUCAUGCAAGUAUUGGCCGUCAGUGACUUGUGGAAGCCCCUCAACGAGUCGGAAGAAAUGCCAUCGGCAUCGCUGGAUUUGAUCCGACAAUGCGCUAGGGUGACGGCGGGAAAGGUGAAAAAACCAUUGGCAGAAGAGGCUGCCAAUGCAAAGGACGACUUGGGAGGAACCAGUGAUUCUACCAAAGAUGACUCGGAGGAGAAUCAGGGACCCAACGAUGUCGACAACAAUUCCAAUGAAUCGGACAACCAGCCCGCGAACGAUGAUCAUCAUGAUGGAGAAAAAGCCAGGAAACCGAGUAAAAAGAGAAGUCUGCUUCUCAAGAAAAGACCAGUGACGGAUAUUCAAGACGACGACGACAACAACAACAACAACGACUCCAAAGAGCCUCCGUCGUCGAAAGCAAAGAUUUGA